AUGUUGCCACCGCCCAUGUGUGUCGCCCCCAUCUUGUCCCUCCGCGUCCUCCUCCCAUGGCGUGCUCAAGCCGAGGCUCUUGCUCUAGCCAUGCAGGCGGCCGGUAGGGGGACCCAUCUCAUCUCUGGCGAGCUCGCCACAAGGGCCGCCGUCAUUGCCAAGCCGAGAAUGGCAGAUCCACUCCCACCGGCCCGUCCCAGGCCGCUCAGAGGCGGUUUAUCCAGAAAAUUAAGAAAAAAACAAUUUGAUAAAGAGGAGUGGAAGAGCCAAUCUGAUCCCAAUGAACAGCAACUUCAUGAUUUAAGGUUAAAUGGUUGGAAAAAUGCCCGUGGCAAACAGUUUGGGCCAAAUUUUUUUGAUUGGUUCCAACAGAAAGGCAUGAAAUCAGUUGGCAUUCACAAUGUUCUAUGCCAGUUAUCUUAUGGUUUCUGCACUCAAGUUACCUCCUAUGGGUGCUAUGAUGUUAAUGGAUAUAGAUUCCGUUCAGAGAAAUAUGAGAGGGGAAGACUUGGUUUAACAACCAUCAAUACUGGUGUUUGUGUUACUUCAUAUGAUGAAAACAACAACGCCCUUGAGUAUUAUGGUGUCAUAGAAGAUAUCAUAAAAAUUGAAUGGGAAGGCAGUUUGAAACUAGAAUUGGUUUUAUUUUAUUGUCGUUGGUUUGAUCCAACACCUAAUGGAUUGAGGCGCACGAAAGAUUUAGGCUUAGUAGAGAUCAAGCAUGCAAUAAGGUUGAAAAGUUUUGACCCAUUUGUGAUGGCUAGUCAAAUUACUCAGGUUUAUUAUCUAUCUUACCCAUGUAAGGAUAAGGAUCUAUCUCCAUGGUGGGAUGUCUACCAAGUUGCUCCUCAUGGAUGUGUACCUCUUAAUGGUGCAAAUGAUGAGUCCAUGAGUUCUGAACAUGUAAUACAUGAUGUCGAUCAAGAGGAUGGAUUGGAUGGUACCUUUGUUAUUGAUUUGGGGGAAGCAUUGGAUUCUCUGGUAUCUUUGGGCUCAGAUGAGAUUAUUGAUGUGGUAGACUUGGAGACAAUAGAGAAAACCACGGUUGAGGAUGAGGAAUAUGAUGAAGAAGCUAUUGAUGAAGAGGGUAACACUACAGAGGAAGAGCAUGAAGCAAUAACGGAUGAAUUAGAGGAAGAGACUUAUGAUCAUGAUGAUUAUUGA